AUGGCGGAUGAUCUAGCAGCUAUGUGGGGGAAAAUUUCCCUCUCGGAGGAUGAAAUUCUAGGAGUGGAUUUUCAUGAGGAAGCUUUUGAGGGACUUGUUCAAAAGGGCCAGUCGUGCUUAGUUGGAAAACUCCUCUCAGACCAUGUCGUGAGCAAAGAGAUGAUUAGAUCCAAACUGAUACGGGGAUGGAAACCGAAGGGGCCAAUGGCCUUCAAGGUUUUGGGUGAAAACCUAUUCCUUCUGAAGUUCGAGAAGAAUGAAGAUAAGAAACGCGUAUUGGAAGGGAGGCCAUGGAUCUUCGAGGGAACCUUGUUUUCGGUUGAAGAUUUCGAUGGUAAUACUCAUCCAACUGAUAUGGACUUCUCAUGGGCAGCUUUCUGGGUACGCAUGUACAAAUUACCGCUUGCCUGUAUGGGGAAAGAGAUGGGUCAGAGACUGGGGGCUUCAGUGGGAGAGGUGGAAGACGUGGACGUGAGUGAAGAUGGAGAAGGUUGGGGGGAAUACCUCAGGGUGAAGAUUAAAAUCAGCACCUUGAAACCUCUAGCCAAGGGCCGAAUGCUGAGAAUGAAAGGAAAGGAGAUUUGGAUCCCUUUCCAGUAUGAGAAAGUGCCGAAAUACUGUUUCCGGUGUGGUCUGAUCUGCCAUGGAAAGGAUGGAUGUGAACGGAGAGAUGUAAGGAGGAAACAGGGAGAAGACAAUGUUUUUGAGUAUGGCCCAUGGUUACGUGCAACCUCCCCUAGGCGGGGGAUGCAGAGGGAAAGAGGAAGGAGGGGUGGGGAAAAUUAUCCACAAGAGGAGUGGGGUAGGAAAGAAGCUGGACGGCACUGGCGGGGAUCCCGGUGGGAUGAGUUUACCGGAGACUAUGACCGGAGCACCUCCGGGGACCAGGUCCUGCAUGGGGAUUUACCAAGUAAGGAAUGUCCAAGACUUACGCCAACUUCUCCUCAAUCACGGGAUUCUCUCCAGGUGAGAAAGGAAAGCUGGGAGGGUGGCGAAAUUUUUGCUGGUAGACAGGCUGGGAGCGCAGGGGAAGCAGGGAAAGGAAAAAACAUUUUGGGAAAGGAACCUGAUGGGAAUUAUGGGGUAUUUUCUCAACGGCUGGGGGGCGGCAAGUCAAUAAAUGAGUUUGCGAUUUCUUUCCCUACUGAUCCAGAUGCCUUUUCUGCAACAAAAGGCGUUAUUUUUGGAAGCCAAAAAGAAAAGAAAACUGGGGUUCUAACACGUACACAAAAAGGAGCCCAAAAAGGAACACGUGGACAGGUUAGCAAGGGCCUCAAAGUAGAGGGGGGCCAAACGAUGGGCCAAGUUGGGCCAAGAGUAGCUGAUCUCGCAGCCCUUAUUGCCCAACAUACAGCAACGGGACCUCCAGCGAAGAAAAGGCAGCGAAAUGCUUCAGCAGAGAAGGAGCUACUAGAAAGCUUGGUUAAUGAUGGUGCUAGCUCGGGAGAACUUGAUGGGAAAUGGGAGAUAGGAACAGGAGAGGGAAACAGCUCUCCAGCGGGUGCAAAUCAUGUGGCGGAGGCUAUUGAUCAGCCCCGCCGCUCAUUAUGA